AUGUACGUGGCCCAAAAAACCAAAUUAGUCAAUCUCAGAUGUUCCUUCCCAAUGUUUAACUUUUAUGACGUCAUUAUCCUCACUGAAACUUGGCUAACACCUGCCAUAAGUGAUAGUGAAUUAGGUUUUCAUGGCUUUCAGGUGAUUAGACUCGAUAGAAAUCCAAACAACAGUUCUUUUCUCCGAGGAGGUGGAGUAUUAAUUGCCAUCAAUAAUUCCAUUAAAUACCAUCCUAUUACAUUAAGUACCUCGAAUGUUGAGCAAAUAUUUGCCUUACUGUCCUUCAACUCUAAUUAUUUAUUGGUAGGUGGUGUUUAUUUACCUCCACACUCUCCUCUUCCUGUAGUUGAAUCCCACGUUGCUUCUGUUGAGCAAAUCAUAUCCUCCUAUAAAUCUGUAUCAGUUAUCCUUUGUGGUGACUACAAUCUACCUAAUGUUACAUGGUCAUCUGAUGAACUAGGAUUAAUUGCCACAAGUGAUCACAAUAUGGUUACCACAUCUAUUAUAGACUCUUUUUCUUACUUAAAUUUUUUUCAACAUAACUUCCUUCCUAAUAGUCAUGGCAGCAUUCUAGAUCUUAUUUUUUCAAACUCCAAUAAAGUCACUAGCAGUACAGCAACUGAAUCACUUGUUAUUCCUGGCCCUUAUCACCCGCCUCUUCACAUAAUCUUUCCUUUCCAAUCUGAUAAUGUGGCAGAUAACACCCAUACCUAUAAAGACUUCAAAGAUGCAAACUACUCUGGUAUAUCGCAAUUUUUUAACUCAUUUAACUGGGAGUCUACCUUUUCACAAUAUUCAAUCGACGGUGCUGCCUCUAUUUUUAAUGAAGCCCUGCUUCAUUCCAUUGAGUUGUUUGUUCCUACAAAAAUUUACAAGUUACCAAAAUUUCCUCUCUGGACCUCUCCCACACUUAAAAAUCUUAUUUUAUAG